GAUCGUAAGAUGCUGGCAGUUGUGAACACACAUGCCCCUUACUCCCAUGUGCCAGUAGAAGUCCUGUAAAUCACGCUAUUAGCCGUACAGUCAGCGACACACUCCCCAACUGCAGCCAUGGCAAGAACACUGUGGUUGCUGGGAUCCCUGAUUGCUGUAGGAAUUGGGUACAUCUUAUAUGAACCCAGCUUUGACCCAGAGUCCUUGCGGGGUGCGAGAGUGGUGAUCACGGGCUGCAGUUCCGGGAUCGGGGAACAGAUGGCGUACGAGUACGCUCAGAUGGGGGCAAAGGUCCUCAUCACAGCCAGGAGGGAGAACAGGCUGAAGGAGGUAGUGGCCAAGAUGAGAGAGCUAGGUGCCCAGGAGGCUCUGUAUGUAGCAGGGGACAUGGGGAAGGCUGAGGACUGUGAAAGGACCAUCCAGACUGCAAAGGAGAAAUUUGGUGGACUUGAUAUUCUGGUGAUCAACCACCUGGCAUCAACAAUCGACAACAAGUUCUUCCAGUUCCUGUGGGACGGGGACAUGGACUAUGCCCAGAAGCACAUCCAGGCCAACUAUGUCAGCUACCUCCGCCUGGCCUCCCUCGCCUUACCCUCCUUACACAGGAACAGUGGCAGCAUUGUUGUGGUGGGGUCAGCUGCAGGCAGAUUCGGUGUUCCUCUGAACACACUAUACUCAGGCACCAAGUUUGGCCUGCAUGGGUUCUUCAGCAGUUUACGGCAAGAGCUUCACAUCCAGAAAUCCAAUGUCUCUGUCACUUACAUUGUGCUGGGAGCCAUUGACACAGUACUUGGCAAGAAAGCAAUCCACGAUAGAGGACUGGACACCAAACAGCAGAUGGCUCCUGUCUCCAGCGCUGCACAGGCCAUCAUCCGAGGAGGGGCGACUGGACAGAGAGAGGUGUACUAUCCCUGGGGACAGAUCUGGACUCUGGUCAAAGUCUGGGACUUCUUCCCACAAGUUGCAGACUACUUUUUAGAACUAAGUGUGAUUGAUGGCCCAAAGAAAUUAGACAGGUCACCAUUGUUAGAAUAGUAAGAACGUACUGUAUGUUUAGCUGUAUUUGUCUGUUAUGAGAGAUAAGACAGGAAUAGUAGCACUUGGAGGCUAACCUAAAAUUUAGGUGUGCAGGAAAAACUUUUGGUGCUCAACAUAAAAUAGAAACAAAACAGUAUGAUUUAUAGGGUUUUGACUUGAGACAAGGGACUGACCAACACUUACAACUGCCAAAUUUACAUGCACCUUUAUUUCUAAUAAAUUAAUAUAUUUAACACAGAUAUUCAACUUCAAACUUGAUUUCAUUAUCAAGGUUAGCAAUGCUUAAUACUAGUAGUGGCGCGGGAAAGCGCACGACACGAAAAUAAAGUCUUAUUCAUUCAUUCA